AUGAAGGGUUUGAUUCUUCUGGUCGUUACGAUUGGAGCUGCCUUGGUUGAGCUUUUCACCAACGGGCUGGAAACGAAAGACACGCAUUUGCGUCGCCUCUCGGAUGAUGAGCAGUCUACUAGACUCUCGGAGUUGGUGGUACCCGACGAUGCUGAGGCAGUGAUUGAUGAAAGCCACACCUGGUGGCAAGAUGAUGCGGAUGAAGCCCUUGCGACGGAAGAUGCUGCCGCGGCUGGGGAAGUCGUGGUGAUUGCUUCCCAGGAUCACGCCUAUGGCCAAGUUGCCGAGCCUGGGGAGGUCGCGGGGAUUGAUUCCCUGGCUGUCGUAUCUGACCUCGUUGCAAGUCCGUCUAGACGGUCGAGUGGGUGA